AUGGCUCCAGGAUGGGUCUCGACGUUGGCAUCCAUAGGUAUGGCCGUUGGGCCUCCUCUUGUUUAUGCUGAUCAGGCCGUAUCCAUUAUCCGGAAGAAGGACGCGACUGGUUUCUCUCGAGAUGUCACCGCCAUAUUGCUACUGGCGAACAUAACGAGAUGUUUCUUCUGGCUGGGUGAACGCUUUGAAUUUGCGUUGCUCAUGCAAUCCGUCCUUAUGAUUCUCGCUCAACUUGCUUUGCUCUACAUCUGCAUCCUUUACCGACCGCGACUGAGCCAUGAAGCUUUGCUUGGCUCCAGUCGACCUUUUGGUUUCUGGCAAUGGCCGACUUAUACGCAAUACAUCGAGUUUCUCGCUGGAUUCAUGUUGGUGGUCUUUCACUUUUGGGCUUACCCUGGGCUCACGGUGUUAUCUAGUUUGCUUCAGGCUAUCCUGUACCUCAUCCUUGGACGCUCCCCCAUCUUUGUGGGUGCCCUUGGUUAUAUUGCUUUGGGCUUGGAAAGUACCCUUCCCAUCCCCCAGUUGAUUAGCAAUUACCGACAAAAGUCUCUGUAUGGGUUCCGCAUGUCGACGCUCUUGGGCUGGGCAGGAGGUGAUCUGUUCAAAACCGUCUACUUCUUCCUGCAACAUUCUCCCCUUCAAUUCAAAGUCUGUGCCAUCUUUCAGCUCUCCAUUGACUUUGCAAUCGUGCUUCAACGAUUUACCUAUGGCAAUGCGCCCCCGAUAUCGGCCAUUCUGAACGAGGACGACGAGCUGGAGGCAGCGCUCGCACUUGCUGAGGAGCAACGGUAG